UGAGACAAAAAUAUUCUUCGCAAAUAAGGACUCGAAGUAAUUUGAAAUUUCAAACAUAAUAAAUAAAUACACAGAAUGCCGCGGCAACAUUUUCGCCUAAAAUCAUGCAACACGCAAAGGCCAUAUGCAUUUAAAAUAAAGCAUAACGUAUGCGAAUAGCCAAUUUCAACAAGCUUCUAUCAUAGAUAAAUAAAAAGUUGUGUAAACGGUGGUUUAAUUUUGUGAUGAAUGUGCUUUCAUAUGACUACUUCGAAUAGUUUAAGGUGACUGCUGAUGAAUCAACAAGAUGGAAGAAAAUGUUUGUUACAUUAAUAGAAUUCGAAUUAAUUCUUCCUUUAAUGAGCAUGAGCAACAACGGCUACUUUUGGUGUUGAAAUCAUAAGUAAAUUCAUCAUCAAAAAAUAUAAAAAUCCCGUCAUGAACGAAACAGAGUGUGAUAAUUUGGUAACAUCAUUAAAAUGGACUGAUCCAGCAAACGUUAUCUCGUUAGCCAUUCUUUUAUUUAUUAUUUUAUUGGUGAUAUCUGGAAAUUCUCUAGUUAUAGCCGCUGUAUUUUGUUCAAAUAAAUUACGUAGUGUUACGAAUUAUUUAAUAGUAAAUUUAGCUGUUGCAGAUCUGUUAGUGGGUUUGGCUGUUCUGCCAUUUUCAGCAACGUGGGAAGUAUUUAAGGUAUGGAUAUUUGGCGAUGUGUGGUGUAGCAUAUGGCUUGCCGUUGAUGUGUGGAUGUGCACAGCAUCGAUAUUGAACUUGUGUGCAAUCUCUUUGGAUAGAUAUGUCGCUGUUACGCGCCCUGUUGCUUAUCCAAGUAUAAUGUCGACAAAGCGCGCCAAAUCUCUUAUUGCUGGAAUUUGGGUGCUAUCAUUUGUUAUCUGUUUUCCGCCACUAGUUGGCUGGAAGGAUCAUAAGCCAACAAUUCAGCCAAUCUACAGGCGGGGAAAUUAUACGCUUUUCUAUUCCACAACUUCAGCAUCGAUGGAACACAAAUUGGAUUUUGGACAUGUGCAACACCCACAACCAUAUCAGACUAACCAGUCACUUUUCUUAACGGGUAUAACACCAGCAAUAGCGAUGGCAGUAACGGACGGCUUCAAUUAUCCUGAUGCCGCCUAUGUAUCUCUGGAAAGUGGGGAAUUCAUUGAUAGAACAGAACCUGCAAAACUUUUCUAUGGAAAGUCAUUGUGUUCCACGAAGUGUGAAUUGACCAAUGAUCGCGGUUAUGUAGUUUAUUCGGCACUGGGAUCCUUCUAUAUUCCAAUGCUUGUGAUGCUCUUUUUUUAUUGGCGCAUAUACAGGGCGGCUGUGAGAACGACCCGGGCUAUUAAACAAGGAUUUAAGACCACUAAAGGAUCGAAAGGCAUCCGUUCUCGCUUUGAUGAACAACGCCUUACACUGAGAAUUCACCGUGGUCGCGGGUCGAACCAGCAGGAUUCAACGCACAGUAAUGGCAGCACACAGAGCACCACCACCACACUAGGCACUCCAUCACCGGAACGCCUUUCAAAAUAUACCACUCGUCGGCCGUUCCAUCAUGACAAAAUUAAGAUAUCUGUUUCGUAUGCGUCCAGUGAAAACAUCAAUGAGCUGCCUAGUGGCGAUUUGGCCGGUUUACGUGAGAAUCGACCUUCCAGCAGUGCCAGUAUGCUUUACGCGGUACACUAUAACUCAGCCAAAGGCAGCGAUGACACCGAAACAAAACUCUAUCAGCAACAGCAAUGUAACAAUUGUUAUCUACAAGUUGGCAAAAGUAUGCCAGAGAUUGAGCGUCGCGAAUCGAACAUCAGUGAUAUAAGUCAUCACUAUGGGACAUCAACCGGGCAACAACAGCAACAACAUCGGAAUAAGAAGAUCGGACGCCGAAGCCUCAAAACACAAGUGAAGCGCUUUCGAAUGGAAACAAAAGCGGCAAAAACUCUCGCCAUCAUUGUAGGUCUCUUUAUUUUUUGCUGGCUCCCAUUUUUCUCAAUCUACGUUAUUCGAGCCUUUUGUCAGGAUUGCAUUGAUCCCUUUAUCUUUUCCAUACUUUUUUGGCUCGGUUACUGCAAUUCCGCCGUCAAUCCAAUGAUUUAUGCACUCUUUUCGAAGGAUUUUCGCUUCGCUUUUAAACUGAUUAUUUGUCAUUGUUCUUGUUCUCAAGAAAGAAUUUCGCUGAAAAGUUCUCGACGGGGUAGCGACAUUUCAGCCGGGCGUAUUCGUGACCGCAGACCCAGCAUUACUCCAAGCGUAGCGGCACAUUCAUUAGGCGACGAGAGCGAAAUGCAUCUCUCUGAACUGAGUAGCGAUCACAGGUGACGAUCGUUUGGACGCAGUUCAAGCUCUCUGAAUAGUUUGGGAUUUCGCAAGACCAGUUUGAAUGACUCGGUGUAUGAGAUAUGCUAUCCGCUGGUGGUGAAAUCUUCAGUGAGCUCCUAUGCAGAUAAUUGUAUAAAGAGUACGAGUCCUGUGGUUUGUGGAAGUGGGAGGGUGCUAUGUACGCAAUUGUAGCGGAUACUAUUGGUUGUGUUGUUAUGCUUUUUGUUGUCUCGAUAACAACACAAGAAUCUAUAAACUCUUUUGAUAUUAUUUUUAACAUUAAAAUAAUUUUUUAGAACAGUGAAAGAAACGUAAAAGAGGGACUAUUGGUUUUCUUUCUUGCGAUUUGGUAUUUUGAAUGUCAAAGUGACUGACUCUUUAUUCGUUUGUUUACAUUCUGACUGAAAUUUUAACUUUAAAAAUACCAAAUUGCAAAAACCCAAUAUAUGUAAUUGUUAUUGUCGCUCUAGUUCCACCAUCUUGUACAGAUUCGCCUUGGAAAGAAUCUUGUUGUCACGAAAAAUAUUUACAUAAGCUUUUAUUGAGUAAGUACAAAUAUAAGUAAGUAAUAAAACGCAAACAAAACGCUUCAAAUACAUACACAAGUAUAACUAUAUCCUUUUAUAAAAUAAAACGAGUUAAUUGAUUCAAAAAUAAAUAUAAAUAAAUGUUUGGCACGUUUAACAUUAAUAGAAGCAUGUCUCUAAUUGAAGAUGUGCUUGUGUUUUUUUCCGCAGCAAUGGUGAUUUGUACAAUAUGAAAAAUUUUUCUUUGU